GAACAUAUUUCAAGUGAAAUGAUGGUUGGCAAUGGGAGUGAAUAUUAAGUUUACUACAAGUUUAGGAGAGUAGUAUACAAAUGUUAAAUAUUUUUAUCUGUCUCUUACAAAUUCUUGAGAUAUACUAUGUCGGCUCCCAUCUUAAUUAUAAGCAGCAGAUGUCCACUUUCCGAAAUAUUUCUAUAUGCGUUACCAUUUCUUUUAAAUUAAACUUUAAUUAAAACAUUUUCAAAAAUUUUCCAUUACAGUCGAAUCCUUCAAGAUGGUGGCAGUGCUGUAGAUUCCGCUAUUGCAACACUACUAUGUGUUGGCAUAACGACCUUACAGAGCAUGGGUAUCGGUGGCGGUAUGCUCAUGAAUAUCUAUGUUAAAAGUCACAAACAAGCCUUUUCAGUCGAUGCCAGAGAAGUAGCACCGUUCGCCACUACUCAAGAUAUGUUUAAUGAUGACAUUAAAUUAUCCUUGCACGGUGGUUUGUCUAUAGCAGUGCCCGGUGAGCUGAUGGGUUAUGAAAGAGCUCAUAGUAAAUUUGGUAAACUGCCAUGGAAAAAGUUAGUGGAACCUUCAUUGAAACUGUGUAAGGAGGGUUUCUAUAUGACAAAACAUUUACAUGCAGCCUAUUCGAGUAAAUUUAAUAGAACAAAAAGUGAUGAGAUCUUAAGCAAAGUCUUUGUUAAUGAGACCACACAAAAUGUGCAUCCUAUUGGCACGAAAUUAUAUCCCCUACCGGAAUUGUGCAACACUUACGAAUUAUUAGCCAAUAAUGGAGCCCACGAUUUCUAUAAUGGCACUUUAGCUAGAUUAGUGGCUGAAGAUUUGAAAGAUUUGGGUAGUUUGGUUACCUAUGACGAUUUGGAAUCCUAUAGAGCCGAUUUAGUUAGUUCGGUUACCAUGCAAUUGGGUAACGAUAUUUUGUACGCUGUACCACCGAUUAGCAGUGGCACUAUUGUCGCCAAUGUAUUGAGUAUUUUAGAAGGUUUCAAUUUUACAAAAGCCGAUUUGCAAGACAAUGAACAUCGUGCUACCACCAUACAUCGUAUUGUAGAGGCUUUGAAGUUUGGUUACGCUAAACGUUGGGAAUUGGGAGAUAUGAGAUUUAAUGAUGUUAGAGAGUUGGUCAGCCGUUUGACUAAUCCCGAAACCGGCAUUCAAUUAAGGAAACUUAUUAAUGAUACCACAGUUUUGAAAUCUGUACACGAUUAUGGUGCUCAAUUUUCGGAUGAAGAUGAUAUCGGUACUAGUCCUUUAGUAGUUAUGGCUCCCAACGGAGAUGCUGUGUCGGUCACAUCAACCAUUAAUGACUACUUCGGUGCCGGCGUUGUUGGUAAACGUACUGGAAUUGUUUUCAACAGUGCCAUGAAUGAUUUCUCUACGCCCGAUCAGAAGAACUUGUUUAAUUUACCACCCUCGCCUAGCAAUUUCAUAGAUCCCCAAAAACGUCCUAUGUCCUCUAUGUCGCCCAUGAUUUUAACCGAUCAAAAAGCUAAUGUCCGCUUGGCGUUGAGCGCUGCUGGUGGUUCAAAAAUUAUUUCAGCUAUUGUUGAUGUUAUGACAAGAGUUUUGUGGUUUGAGCAAAAUAUUAAAGAAGCCAUUGACGCACCCAGAUUCCAUAGUCAAUUGGUGCCGAAUGUUUUGGAAUACGAGAAGAGUUUAUACUUUUCAGAGGAAAUUUUGAAACUACUUGCUGAUAAAGGUCACGUUUUAAAGGCCAUGGCAUCUCCCGGUUCAGUAUUAUGUGGUAUUGUUAAAAAUUCGACAGCUAUUUAUGCAAAUGCUGAUUAUCGAAAACAAGGUGGCAUUGCUGGUUAUUAGAAUUAGAAUGUGAAAAAAUACAUAAAAAAGCUAUAGUCAAAACCCAAUAACAUCAAAACCAACAAAAUAAAAAUCUCAAUUAAAUGUGCUUUAUAUUGAAAAUAAUUUAAAGAAAUUAAAAAACAAAACAAUUUAAAUAAUUAAUAAAUAGUAUUUAAACUAUACAAACUUUUUGUAAUGAU